UAAUUUUAAUGUCAAGCCCUGCUUUGAAAUUUUAUGUUCCCUUCAAAGCUUCAAAGAUGGUUGUUUAUUUAAUCCUUUUAUGGGUAACCUGGUUGACCUCCUUUUCAGAUUAAAAAUUGCUGACACUUUUUGGCGAGUUUACGUCACUGAUCAGUAGUUUACGUUCAUGCGUUUCAGCAGAGCCCAGAAAAUAUCUCGGUCACUCAUCACGCGUUGCUUAUUUCAGAGUACAUAAAAAAGAAACUAGAAAGAUCAAUGAAUUCGCAGUUCUCUCAAUUGAAGUGAAAAUUGAGAUCAUUUCGCCUUCGCUCUUCUCUCGAAUGCAGGCGAAUUUCUUUGUUUGCUGUAAAUCCUUUUUUAUUAGAUUAGAAUACAUUUUCUAGGACUAGUGAUUUCGAAUUGGUAAACUUAAACAUAUAUUUAAGAAUCAUAGAAAGGCUUUCCACGCAAGAAGUUGGGGGGAAAAACAUCAAGUUCGUUUUGUGUUAGUAUGUUUCUUUUCCUACAAUGUUUUUGUGAUGAAGAAAGACUGUAGUAAAUGCUUUUAACUUAAACAUCCUUUAAAAAUUAAUUUUGGAUUCAGAAUUACAUUUGUUCAGAAUAUUGAGGCUCAGCAAAAAGUAAGGUAUUUUGAAGUAGGUAGGAUUCCUGUAGGACCGGAAAUUAUAGUUUAAUUGCACUGCUCACCUAACUUCGAUGGACCAAAAUUACACUACCUUUUGACUUCAUUGGGCAAUUUUCAUAUUCUCAAAACUCAUUAAUUGGUUUGUGCCCAAUGGCGAAGUACUGUCUUUGAAGCACCCUUUUACUUAGUGGCACCGAUCAUUAGCUCCUUCGCAGGUGAUGCAGAACCAUAGAUUGGAUUGGAAACGAAGUAAAGAUGGCCGAAAGUUCAGGUGAAAAGGGGGCGGAGGCAGCUUCGUCAAGCGAUGUUAAGAGCCAAGAAGAACAAACAACCGUUCCAAAUCAGUUUAAGGCAAUUGUGUUGGGAGGAACUGGCGCUACAGGGCGUUAUCUCGUGGGAGAACUACUAAAAUCCAAGAAUUUCAAGGAAAUAACUCUUUUGGGAAGGAAGAAAUUAGAAGAGGUGCCAACAUGCUUUGAAAUUGAUCUGGAAAGAGAAGAAUCAUCUGGUCAUCUGAAACAGAUUAUCGUUGAUCUUGAACAGGCCAAUGAAGAAAACUCCUUGAAGUACUUUGAAGGAAUUGAUGCCUAUUUUACAUGUUUUGGUACCACUAGAGCAAGUGCUGGUGGGAAUGCAAACUUCCAGCAUAUUGACCAUGGUUAUAAUGUGAAGUUUGCUGAGAUGGCUAAAAAGGCUGGCAUUCGGUUUUGUUCCUUGCUUUCAUCAUCAGGUGCUCAUCCAAGAAGCUAUGUGUUCUAUUUGAAAGUGAAAGGACAGAUCGAGGAAGAAUUUUCGAAGAUGGCUUUUCCUCUGUUGACUAUUUUCCGCCCUGGUAUCCUUGACAGGAAGCAGCAUCAGCGUUUGUUGGAAAAAUUUGUAGGGCUUUUCAUGACGAAAAUGCCUGUGGACACUUUGGCAAAGGCUAUAGUUGCGGAUGCUAUCAACCAGUUGCAGAAAGAGAAAACCGAAGAGGCUUAUUCACAUAUCUUGGCAAACCACCAGAUUUUAGAUCUUGCAAAAGCAUACUUGAAAGAAGAGCAGGGCGAUUCGGUGGCGGCAACUGCUGAAACACCGGUGGAAGAAAAACCAACGGAAGGAGAAGCAGAGGCACCAAAGGAUGCUGGGAAUGAGGUUGAUAAAGCUUCUGAAGAAAGCAAAGGAGCGGAAAAAGGUGAAGAGAGCAAAGAAGGAGUGGAGGGUGCUGAAAAGUCUAGUGAUGCUGAGAAAACUAGUGACGUCGAGAAGAGCCCUGAGGUGCCAGUUGAAGGAGCAAGCGCUUAGAUUUCACUACUGCAUUCCUCCCCAUGCUUUGCCAGCUAGAGAUGCGCUGUAUGCCGCUGUUGCUUAAGCUUAUUCUUAGGAGUGAAACUAAACUUAGGCCAGAAAUUCGAAACAAGUCAGGUUGCAAUUGAACUAGAAUUAAAAUUAUUCAGAUAGAGUUAUCUAAGAAUGCUUUAAGCAAGCAGAAUAAUCAUUAUAUAAAUUAAACAAUCUGCUUGUUGCUUUAAAAUGAAGUAAUAAUUUUGUCUAAGUAUUGAUAUAUUUUCGCUAAACUUGCACUUGUCAUUUUGUAUUCGUAAUCACGUAACUGCGAUUUGUUCUUCCGUCAGAUGUUAUAACUGAAAUUUUGUACUUUUGGUUUUCAAUACAUAUUUUUGCCAGCCACUCCCCGAAAACGUCAACUAUCGCACCAAAAGUCAGAAAACCCUGUUUUUGAGAGAAUGAAGGGUAUCAAAGAAAACCAUUCCAAUAUUUUCCAUUUCUGAUGUAACUACAGUCGAUAGCAAAAUUACAGACGUUGUUUUCACUGUUGUUAUCUUUGUAACAACUGUUAGGCUUUACAAAACAGCUUUAUCUGGGAUAUUCUUUGUCAGAUUUCAAACUAUUUGAAUUAAAAGACAGGCUCGUUAUUUUCUUUCUAUUUGUCUCAGUAUUUAUCUCAUUAGCAUGUAAAUUUUCCCCAAAUAGUAAAACUGAAAUUAUGUGUAUUUAUUUACAAAUUUGUUGGCUUGUUUUCGUGCCGGUGCAUUUAGCUGAGAAUCUUGCUUUUUAAAUUAUUUUCCACAGUUUGUGGUGCGCAUUAAAUCCUUCGUUUAAA